AUAAAAUCGAGCAAACGAUCAACAAAUAACUGCAAAAAAACAUAUUUUUUUAAUCAAAUAUUAAUGCUAAAACUAUGUAUCUAUACAGAUGGUCCUGGUUCUUCGCUAAUUUUAUCACCACAGGAGACCAAAUAUACCAGGAUAAAGGGUGACACGUUACCGGACAUCACCUGCACAGCGGACUGUAGACCUGGCUGUACCUUUGUCUGGACACGACCGGACAACACCAACUUUACUGUCUCACCUGUGUUGUCACUGGGACAACUGGACAGAUCAGAACACGGGACGUAUAGGUGUACUGCUAGCAAUGCUGCCGGGGAGUCGACUAAAGUGAUCAGUGUUAUUGUGAAAUAUGAACCACAUCCGUAUCAAAUGCUCGACCAAAACCAGACGUUUGAUCUAUCCAAAUCAGACACCAUUAUUUUGUCUUCUACAUUCAUCUCCAACCCGGCACCAUCUUUCAUCUGGACCUUCCAACCCUACAAAUCUUUUGAUGCAACGGAUCUUAGAAACGGGACGGAUGGCGUUAUUAUACAAAAUACGUUUGAGGCGAGUAAAUUAACUGCUAUUUCAGUUUUGACUCGGACCACUGUACAGGAGAGCUGGUUUGGAUUAUAUAAUGUCACAGCAACAAACAACCAAGGAAGUGCCAUGCUUAGCUUCACAAUUCGUGAAAAACUGAACCCAGGAAUCCCAAACAGUCUGUCAAUUGGCUGUACCAAACCUCAUUCUGCUGAAGUCUCAUGGAGUGACGGAGGGGACUCUCAGUACUACCAUGUUAUGUUCAGCACAGACAGGUUUCUAAACUCACAAGAAGUUUAUCCAGUGAUGAUUACAAAAGACACAGACGGAAGCGACAUGUAUAGUCAAAAUAUAGACAAUCUGGAUGGAGGCCAUGUCUAUUUCUUUAAAGUUGUCGCAUACAAUAAGUAUGGGAACACAACAUCGGCUGAUGCUGUCGGCUGUACUGUUUAUACACCAUGUUCCAGUGGAACUAACAAUAUGUAUGUCGCAGGAGUUGUACUGGCAGUCACUGGCGUUCUCACGCUUUUGUUCUCGGUUGGAAUCGUGUUAUAUUUCAGACGAAAUGGAAGACUAUGUCAAAGAAAAAGUCAGGUUCCAAAACAGAAGGAAUGCCAGGAUAUACAACUUUCGGAACGAGGUGGCAGACCUAAAACCGGAAAUGAAAGAUCUCCAUAUCAACAACUUGAUACUAAUGAGGUUGCCAAGCCGUCCGUGUAUUCUGAAAUCGGAGGACAUCAUCAUGUUAACCAAAUUGAUCCUGACAAUGAAGGAGAUGGUGGAAAGUACGAGUCGUUGGAGGGCCGUUCUAAUCCAAACGUUUAUGAAGAACUUCAUACUACAACGUCUGGUAACAGAGGGACAUAUAUCAAUACUACCAUCGCUUGUAGUGAUUAGUGUUCAUACAACAUCAUGAAACUCAGUGAGGCGAUGUU